AUGAUAAACGGACCAACAAUAAGCGAAUCAUUUUUGAAGGCAAUUGUCCCGAUAAAACCGGCACCGAAUAACAACAAUCCACCGGUCCUAAAUGUGCCUUUUGGUUCACCUCAGGUGCCUUUUGGUUCACCUCAGGUGCCUUUAGGCCCACCACUAUACGACGAUCCUUUCCCAAGCUUGCCGGCGUUUAAACGUCCUAAACCUCUUCCAGUUGUGAGUUACAAUUAUCCCGAUGAAGACGGUGAUGGUGACAAUGCAUUGGAUAACAAAUUAUGCGAUAGAAUCAACGGGAUGCUAAAGCAACUCAUCGAGCCAAUCGGUGUAUUGCAAUGGGAACUGAAGAGUUUCCUCGGUUCGGGUACCGGUAAUGCUAUCGACAGUUGCCGUAAAACGUUUACGAAUCUGGAUGAUUGGGGCGCAAAAUGCGUAGCACUCAAAGAGCAAUCAAUUGGGGCGAAGGCCGCGUGCUGA